AUAUUUACCACAACACCAGGGAAUUAAAAAGCGGUGAGACGCGCUCUCCGCUAUUGGUGAAAUCCCGUGGCUGGGUCUGUAAGCUCUAGACAGUGAAAAUACGCAACACAGUCAUCUCAGGGAUCACGAGGGGAUUCUGCCCUGCAGCUUUGUGCAUCCAUGCCACCAACCCAAAGGCAGGCCAACAUGUCAUUUAGAUGAAGAACUGGCCUAUAAUCCUGCAGGAUCGGCUGAGCCCUGUAUUGCAGCUGAAUCUUCCUAGCGAAGACAACUCGAAGGGAAUAAAAGUUGUCUUGUUUUGGCAAACCGAAUGAAUUGCCCUAUUCUCCCGGCCGUGGCGGACCGUGCCGUCAGGAUUCGAGAACGGGAGAUUUCGGCAGGGCAGCCUGCAUAGCAAAGGACUCGUUCGGCAUUUGCAUGCUAUACACUCUCGGGAAAGCCUAUGGAAUCUACGACUUCCUAUAGCAUCGCGAGAAGUGCGCCGGCCGUCAAUGUCUGAUUCUUGUGUAUAAGUAUCGUGGCUUGGUGUAGGAUCGAUCAAUCAUCAUCAUCACCAUCACCACCAUCAUCAUCAUCGUUGUCCGUGAACAGUUCACGCCACCAUCGUUUUAACCGGUUCAUCUGUGACAAUAAUAAUCAUGCUCGGCAGCGUACUUCCGUUCAGCGAGGACACCGCAGACCGCGUUAGCGAGUACUGCGAGCUCCGCUCCACUGCCAUUCCCGAUGGCCUGAAGGAGCAUUGGUUGGAGACGCAGUCCAGUUUCACCGACGCCGACAAGAUGUCGAGCCGCCUUCAGGGCUCCUGGAUGAUCUUCACGGCCAAGGACCGCAAGCCCAAGCGAAUUCUGGAGAUCGGAUGCUACAGCGGCUAUAGCGCCCUUGCCUGGUAUGAGGGGACGAAGGACACUCAGGCCGAGAUCGUCACCCUGGAGCUAAGCCCGAAGAUGAUUGCCGCUUCGCGAAAGGCCUUUAAGAAGUACGGGGUUGAAGACCGCAUCAAGUUGGUAGAAGGUCCUGCAGAUCAGUCCCUGCAAACUCUCGAGGGGGAAUUCGAUCUGAUUUUCGUCGACGCGAACAAGGAUGGCUAUGCGGCUUACGUCAAGACAAUCCUGGACCGCAAGCUCCUCUCGCCCAAUGGUGUUAUUCUCUGUGAUAAUGUUUUCGCCCGCGGACUGUCUGUGGGGUUAGAUUGCGCGCCGUGGCUCAACGACCAUGUGCGGCCGUACUGGGCCGGGUGUGGCCAGGCCCUCGAUAUCUUCAACAGUAAUAUCGUGAAGGAUCCCCGCGUCGACGUUCUCAUUAUGCCCGUCUUCGAUGGCAUCACCUACAUCAAAUGGAAGGAUCCCAACUCUCGGGACGCCCCCAAAUAGUCGCACCCCGAACUGACCACCUCCAUGCAGGUCAUUCCAGCCGCUAUAUACCUCAGUCUUGUCUGUAGACACAUUCGGGUAGCUUUAGUAAUCAGAUUUGUGCAGCCCGCUCACUUCUAGACCCUCCGUGCAUAUGCCGCUUAUACACGCCGUUUACCGGACUGAUUGAGGCUGGAGAAUCGAUGUCCGUUUUGGCCUUCCUGCAUGCAG